AUGUACAAUCAUCGUGUUCUCUAUUUGACUAUAAUUCUAUUGUGUUUAUUCAAUGUAAUAGCAUCAGCUUCUACUAAUUGCCCUGUUGAAGUCGAUCCAACAACAAUUCUUAGUUGUGUUGCUAUUGAUGCUGUUGGAUUAGUUCAAGCAACAAAAGGUAAUAUAAGAGGAUUUUGUACAAUGGCUGAGCGUUUUAUGGAAUGUCUUAAAACAAAAACAAGAGGAUGCAUUGGUGAAGAUUUUGUACGUGGAUCUCUUUCAGAAUUAAUCGAACUCUCGCAAAAGUGUUGUGUAAAUAAAGAUGAAAAACUGACUGAAGAAUGUCCAUUUGUUGCAAAGCCACAUUGCUUUUCGUUGAGUGAUAUGGCAAAAACUUCAACGGGUCGUGAAAUUCCGAUAAGAGAUCUUAAAAUAGGUCAUAAAGUUCUUGCUAUUGAUCAUGAUGAUAAAAUUGUUACAACAGAAAUUAUUUCAUUUUUACAUUAUGAAAAUGAAGCACAAGCAUUUUUCUAUACGUUUACAACUGAAUCCGGUCAUCGGAUAUCUAUAACAUCGGAUCAUCUUAUAUUUGUUGGCAAUCGAACCUAUGUACAAGCUCGUUUUAUUGAUCCUAAACAACAUAAGCUGUUCGUUAUUGGAAAAAAUGGAACCUUACAAUCAUCACGUAUUCUUUCAAUUGACGUUAAACUUCAACGAGGCUAUGCAACGCCAAUAACUCAGCAUGGAACCUUAAUUGUUAAUAAUGUUAGUUCAUCGUGCUACUCAUCUAUUCAUCGACAUAGUUUAGGACAUAUGGCUAUGGCUCCUAUACGUUUUGUUCAUCGUGCUAAACAGAUACUUGGCGUUCCUACUAAAGCCGAUAUGAACCCAAAUGGUAUUCAUUGGUAUCCAAGAACACUGAAUAAUUUGGUUCAUAUGCUUGGUCCUCUAGCAAAUGUGUUUACAACUACUGGUGGGAAAAUUUAA